AUGUCUUCUUCGAAGAUCUUUGGAAAAAGCAGUUCAGGGUUCACAGGCAUUCUCGUACUCCUGCUCGUAAUAUGUCUCGUGGAAUGCGCCACAGAGCAGCGAAUUAACAAUAGAGGUAGCAAGUCCGCUAGCCUUAUUGAGAAAGUCAACGGGUGGCGGAGCCAACGGGGAGGAUCCUGCUUAAGCUACGGCCACUCUUGCUGGGGAGCCCAUGGGAAGCGAUCAGGCAAAUCUCCCUCCAGUGCUCCAGACUGGUACCUUACCAGGAUCUUGCGUCGCAUGGCCGCUGACUCAGAACUGAAUCAUGUGCGCCAGGAGGUUGGUAAUGACGACGUUGGCGACAUCUUCCGACUGACUGUAGCUGAUAAUGUACCCACGGUCAACGGGCUUAUGUUUAGCAAGGAGGAAUCACCAAUUGGGCUACGAUCGAGGAUCCCGGAAGCUAAACCUAUGCUAGAUGACAACUUGCUGGCUAACAUGAAGAUAUGGCAAUUGAUGAGGCAGGCAUCAGAGGAAAAG